GUCAACAUAAUAUUAUUAAUUUGUCAUCAUGGCGAAUAAAGUAUUUCUUAUUACAGUGAAUAUUUUGGAGGGAAGGCAUUACAUUUGGGAAAAUAUGGACUCCGUAGUUGUCAUUAGGAUAGAUGGUCAUCAAAAAUCUACAGGAGUACAGAAAAAUACGGAUUGUCCCUAUUACAAUGAGUAUUUCGUGUUUGAGUUUUACACUACAUUAGAAAAAAUAUUGGAAAAAAAUAUCAAAUUAUUGGUAAUAGAACCAUGCAAAAUCUGGAGGAGAAGGAGAACCCUUGGAGAAGUGGCCUUGGAUGUAGCUACAGUGUGGAAACAAAAAAGCCACCAGUUUUAUCACAAAUGGGCAAUUCUAGGUACUACAAAAUUAGUUGAUUUUACUGGACCACGAGGAUAUUUAAAAGUCGAUAUUUGUGUAUUAACCAAAGGUGAGGUUCCAAGAACACCGACCAAUAUUAUUAAUGACGAGAUUGAAGGCAAUCUACUUCUUCCAGAAGGCAAAUUUGCUGAAAGGCAAAGAGCAAAAUAUAUUUUUGACGUAUAUAAAUGCCACAAUUUAAUAGAGAAACCUGGACUCUCAAUAGAUGAUAUAGCCUCGGAAGAGUCUCAAAAGAAGAAAUCAUCCGUAUAUAUUGCAAUUACUUUUGCAGGUGCAUGUAUAAAAACGUCGACUAAGAAGAAUACCUCUGUUCUGGAGUUUAACGAAAGAUUAUCCAUAGCCGAUCUCUUUCCUCCUCUAUGCCAGACAAUAAAAAUUGAAGCAUGUCUUGGUGAGCCUCUUCGAAAAACCGUACUCUCCCAAAAGCAAAUAAGUUUAAAGCAUAUAUCAAAUGAUAAAGAUGAAGGGUUCCUACCAACAUUAGGUCCUACCUACUUACAUUUAUAUUCAAAGAAUCCUAUGGAAGGGUAUGCUGGAUCCAUUUUAAUUUCUAUUACUACGGAACUAGAUACCGCGCUGAUAUCUGACAUGAAAAUAGAGACAAAGAAUGAAGCUCUGCUGCCGCUGCAAGAGAAUAAAUUUUUCGAUCAAGAAAGCAUAACCAUAUUUGCAUGCAUAUCUGAGUUGACUGCAAUCAGUCGGAAGUAUGCAAAGAAACCUGUUUGUAUAAGUAUGACGUUUGGGAGUACGCUUCUACAAAAAAGAAUACUACCGACAGGUAGAGAAGUAGCUACAAAUAUUACGGAUGAAAUGAAACCUAUCAAAAUUAACAAAAAAUAUUAUUACCUCGACUAUUAUACAGAACAACCAUGUUUGUGGUUAGUUCAAGAUGUACCGUUUUUCAAGAAAAGAGAGUACAAUUCGAAUAUUUUGUUCAAAAUUGCAACAGAAUUGGAAAGAAAAUUGGACAAAAUAGAGGAGCUUCUUAAAAACGGGAAAGCUGAGAUGUAUGGUACAAUUAUUAAGCAACUCUUAGAUGCUAAAGAUUUUAUUGAAUUAAGUGGAAGCAAAUAUAUAGACAUCGUUGGUUCCUACAAAGUAAAUUACAAUACCAAACUGGACAUCGAACGAAGAAAGAUGUGUAUCCGAGAAAUGGGAAAUAUACUAAUACAUGUUAAGAACAUAGGUAAUAGUUAUUCAUGUAAGAAGAAUUUUCGUAAACUGAAACACAUAUGGAAUAAAAUAAACAGUUUAGUUGAAGAUAUUCAAGAUUGUUGGCCCUAUGUUAUUCUCUGGUUGGUGCAUGGCAAGAAAAAAGUUGCUUGCGCUAAAAUUUUGGUAAGGAAUAUCAUGUAUUCACCAAGAGAAGAGGAGAGAGGUCAAGACUGUGGUAGAAAACAAACGAUUUGUUUUUAUGAUCAUCCUCAUGAUAAGAGUCAUCUUGCGGCAAAAAUGGAUAUCACGAUGUUUCUUUAUUUGGAGAGACACAAAAACGCCUGUGUUGCAAAUGUUCCUUCAUUAGGUUCCGAUUUCCAGGAACACCUUGACAGUCUUCCAAGACAUAUAGUUGCGUCAGAAGUAUAUCUUUGCGAGCUACGAUGUUACAUCUUUCAAGGAAAGAUCAUAUGCGGCUUUGACAAGAGUGGAUUAAGUGAUCCAUUUGUAAGAAUAAUAGCUCGAAACCAAGUCAAAGAAACACAGAUUAUCAACUAUUCAUUAAAUCCAAUAUGGGACGAAACACUUGUGUUUACCGGAAUAUCGAUAAAUGUAUAUGAAGUCCCAUCAGUUAUAUUGGAAAUAUUUGACAAAGAUGAAUUCGGUAUAAGUGAAUUUGUUGGGAGAACUUUAAUAAUUCCCAAUCGUCGACUGCAUACUUAUAAUUAUGAUAAUAUUACUUUGAAAUGGAUUAAAUGUUUUUGUAACGGAGAAAUUUCUGGAGAAGUGCUUGGCGCUUGUGAAUAUGUAUUAGAAAACGAUAUGAAGUUAGACAUACCACAUAGGGGAAAAGUCUUUGGUAUUCCCAUAGAUAUUAAACCUAUACUAGUGUCUUAUAAAGUUGAAAUUUUAUUUUGGGGUAUAAGAAACUUAAGAAAAUUGAACCUGAUGCAAAUUAGAAGACCAAGAAUAACAGUCUUUUGUGGGGAUUAUAGUUUAAAUUCUGAUACAAUAGAAAAUGCCUCACGGGAUUCUAAUUUUAUAAAUCUCACGGAAAGUAUGAUAAUAACAUUUCCAGAAGAAAAGGAAUACGCACCUCCUCUUAAUAUUAAAAUGUAUGAAAGUAAACGAUUUGGAGUUUAUUUGUAUGCGGGAGUUCAUAUUUCCAAAAUCACAUCUUUUUUUGUAGUCCCUAUGACUCACGAAGAGAGACGAAACAAACUGUCUGAUACUUCUAUAUACUCUUUUGAAAGCUACACAUCUACCUUAAGCUCUAUUAUCCACCCAGUUGAUAAAAUUGAGGUAGAUUUACAAAUUGACUCAGCGGAAGAUGUUCCCAAAACCGAUGAACAAACACACUUUUCCUAUUUUAUUAGCCAAUGUUGUAAUUUUCUGCGAAAAAAUACGCAUACCCAAAAGGACACAAAAGCAAUACCAUCACAAGUUUCCUACGAGUUGCUCUCAGAAGAAGCGGAAGAGGAGUAUUAUAUUGAAGAUUACGAUUGGUGGACGAAAUUUUACGCAUCCAUACAGAGCUCGGAAAAUUUGGACUACCACAGCUUGACAAGAAAACGUACGUUAAAGAUCUAUGAUUCAGAACUAGAAACGCAACCAGAAUUCAAAGACUUUACAGAUAUGUUCAGACCAUUUCCUAUGUAUAAGGGAAAAAAACGGGCGAUGAGGCUUUAGACGAACAAAAUAUUACAGGUAUUUUUAAGGGUUCAAUUGCGAUCUACAAGUACCCCUUAAACGGCGAUAAUGAUUACGUAUUCGCAAAUGGAAUCCCUUUGGAAAAAAGUUAUUUUGAUAACUACCCUGAAAAUAACCCCUUGCGGUAUUUAUUAAGGGUUUAUUGUGUUAGAGCGAUAAACUUAAGACCUAAAGAUAUAAAUGGUAAAUCUGAUCCAUAUAUUUGUGUAAAAUUGAAUCAAAAGGAAAUUGUAGAUAAAGAAAAUUAUAUUCCACGUAGUGUUAAUCCUGUAUUUGGCCGCUGCUUUGAAUUUAGUGCCACUUUUCCUCAAGACUAUUUAUUAAAAAUAUCCGUAUGGGACUAUGACAUGACAACAAGCGAUGACCUUAUUGGAGAAACAGAAAUUGAUAUAGAAAAUAGAUAUUAUACCAAACAUAUGGCAUUUUGUGGAAUACCAGAAACUUAUGAAAAAUCGGGUUAUUGUGCAUGGAGAGGACAACAUAAACCAUCAUGUAUUUUAUUGGAGAUCUGUAAUAAAUGGAAUGUCGGGAUUCCUGAAUAUAAAGAAAAAUCAGUUAAGAUUGGAGAAAAAGAAUUUUAUACAAAUAAUUUCACAUCUAGUGGUGACCGCGAGUAUGAUCAAGAAGUUCUUGCAUUGACCGCACUGAGGCGUUGGAGAGAAAUGCCUCUAGUUGGCUUUCCUUUAGUACCAGAACAUGUCGAAACGAGAUCGUUGUUUCACCCCUGGAAACCAGGUGUCGAACAGGGAAAGCUUCAACUUUGGAUAGACAUAUUUCCAAUAAUCGAUGUACCUCCUCCAAAGAAAGUAGAUAUAUGUCUUAGAAAACCGAUGCCGUAUGAGCUUCGUGUGAUUAUUUGGAACACAGAUGAAGUUUUACUCGACGAAGACGACUUUUUUAGCGGCGAGAGAAAAUCUGAUAUUUAUGUUAAAGGAUCACUCACCGGAGAGGGAAAUUUCAAUUGGAGAUUUAUUUUUCACUUUGAUUACUUGUCAACCGAAAACAAAAUUGUAAUAAAGAAAAAAGAAAGUAUCUUUGCAGCUGAUGAAACCGAAUUUAAGUUACCUUGCAGGCUAACAUUGCAGGUGUGGGACAAUGAUACGUUUUCUAAAGAUGACUUCAUAGGAACACUGACUCUUGAAUUGGCUAAGCUGUAUAGACCCGUGAAAACAGUUGCAAAAUGCAACCUAAAAAUUUUAGAAAAAGGUGCCCCAACAGUUAAUCUGUUUAAGAUACGAAGAACAAGAGGUUGGUGGCCAUUUAAAGCAUACCAGAGAGAUGCUAAGGAUGAAAAAUGCACCGGAAAAGUCGAAGCAGAAUUGGAGUUGAUAUGUCUUGAAGAUGCAAUGAAAGAGCCUGCUGGUAUUGGAAGACGUGAACCUCAACCACUUCCAUUGCCAGACCGACCUGAUACAUCAUUUUCUUGGUUUAGAAACCCCUUGAAAGCUUUCAAGCAUGUCGUCUGUAAAUUAUAUAAAUGGAAGUUAAUAAAAGCAGGGUGCUUUCUGGUAAUUGUGUUGUUGGUGGUAGCUGCUAUUUAUGCUUUUCCUGGCUAUACGGUUAAGAGAAUUCUUGGAGCCUAAGUUUUAUUUAUUUAUUAAGUUCACUAAUAUAUUUAUAGUGUCACGUUUAUACUUUUAUAUUCUUUAAAUUAAUUUUAAUUGUAUUUUUAUACUUUUAAAUAUAUAUUUUUUGUA